CUUGGUCAAACGAGAGGAGAAAAUGUGGAUCGUGCUUCAUCUGCUGCUCCUGCUCCAAAGUGGAGAAUGUGCAGUUGCUUACACUUUUUCCACUAAGACUGUUGGACCUGGACAAAGUGUCUCUCUGACAUGUACCGUGGGGUCAACUACGAAUGUCCAAUACGUAUUUUGGAUCCGAUUUGUUUCUGGAAUCUCUCCUGAAGUUUUGAAGUCAACAUCAUUUCACAGUUCAGGCCCUUUAACAUCAAAUACUGGACAUCGCUUCACGGGCAAAAAGGAACAAGAGACAAUUGUUUUGCAAAUAAGUCAAGUAGAGAAAAGUGAUACGGCGAUCUACUACUGUUUCAGAGUACGAUUAGAUCAACUCGUGAUUUUAAAAGGAACAUUCCUUCAGGUCACAGAACCAGAACCCUCCGUGUCUGUUGUCUCUGAAGUCCGACCAGGACCGCCUGUGAAGUUGCAGUGCUCAGUCCUCUCCCACUCUGGGAAUGACAUCUGUCAGGAUGGACACAAAGUGUCCUGGUUCAGAACUGGACCAGAAAGUGUCCAUCCCAGCUUUGUUUAUGGCGAAUGCAAGAUCAAAGAUAAUUCCACACAGAAAUGUGUCCACACUUUCAAAAAGAACAUCAACUCCUCUGAUGCUGGAACUUACUUGUGUGCUGUGGUCACAUGUGGGAGGAUUUUCAUGGGAAAUCCAACAAAAGUCAACAUUGAAGAUUCCAGCAGCUGCGAUUCAUACAAAAUUAAGAAUUCCAGCAGCUGCGAUUCAUACAAGUAUGUUAUCUUUGUCUUGAGUGCUGCUUUGGCCUUAGGUUUCUUUAUGUCAGCCUUCCUCAUCAACAAGAUCAGGACAAACAACUGUUUUUGCUGCAAAGCUGGUCCACAAACACUCGAUGAAACAUUCAGUCGCUCCCAGCAGAGAGACGAGGACUCUUUGGUUUAUUCCAUGCCGACCUUUGUCUCCAGGAAAACUGGCAGAUCGAGGCAGACAAAUACGAGGGCAGCAGAGGAAUUCAGCACGUACACUGACGUGUGUCUUCAUGACUCAAUCCUCACCACACAAAAUUAAAAUGUGCUCUGAUACACAUUCUGCUACUAUUUUUUAUUUUACAUUUUCAUUAUCUUUACUUUUCCCCCAUGAUAAAAUGACAACUGAGACUAGAAGACGAGGUAGGAAUAUCUUGAUUCUAUGUCAGUGAAAUUGUGAUUUUUUCUUCGAGGAAUUUGUGUCAAAACUGUUUAUAGAAUUGAAACACAUUUAUAGAAAUCAACCAGGAGGACCCUAGAUUUAUUGUUUUAGAAAGAUGCAAGGUGUAAGCCUAUCGACGGAAACUAUUGAAAUCCGAGUUGUACUUUUGUGCUGAUUUGGAAAUGUCCACUAUGUUCAUGUAUGCUGAUUAAAAUGUAAUGUAAAUAAAAAGGUACUAAACAUU